AAAUUCAACAACACGGCAAAAACGCUUUAUCCAUCAUUCUCUUAUCACCUCGACCAACACACACUCACACUCCGAUCUAACAGCCAUGGCUGCUGCUCUCAAGCUCAGGCCCAAGCCGAAUCUCCUCACCACCUCCCUCGCUUUCCUACUCCUCUGCGGCUGCGCCUACGCUCGCCUCAUCUCCGAUCCAGCUGAUCUCAUCUCCUCCGCCCCGUUCCUGCGCCUCUACGCCGCCGAUGAAGCCUGCGAGCAGACCUACGGCUUCAUGCCCUGCACCUCCUCCGGGAUCGGAAGCUUAUUCCUCAUUCUGGUCUACGGAUACCUCAUGUUCCUCGCUGCGACAUAUCUCUCCGCCGGCAGUGAGCUCUUGCUCGAGUUGCUCGGACCUGGAAUCGUCGGUGGCCUCUUCCUUCCGAUUCUCGGAGCGCUUCCAGAUGCACUGCUUAUUCUCGUCUCUGGGCUUUCUGGAACCCCUGAAGUCGCUCAAAGCCAGGUAUCGGUUGGAAUGGGAUUGCUAGCUGGCUCAACCGUCAUGCUUCUUACUCUAGCUUGGGGUACCUGUAUCAUUGUUGGAAAGUGCGAUUUAGAGAAUUCUAUUGCCAUUGACUCCACAGACACGAAAGGCUUCAGCUUAACUGGAUCUGGCGUUUGCACGGAUAUAUGGACAAGCUACGCAGGGAUUAUAAUGGCUAUAUCCGUUAUCCCCUUUGUAGUUGUCCAACUGCCGCAAGUUUUGAACAUUAACUCCGGAAGGCAUUUGGUUGUUUUGAUUGCCCUUAUUGUUUCUGUUGGGCUACUACUUUCCUAUUGCCUUUACCAGGUAUUCCAGCCCUGGAUUCAGAAGCGAAAGCUUUCUUAUGUAAAGCAUAAGCAUGUCAUGGCAGGAAUCCUAAAGCAUUUUGAUUCGGGUCCUUUGGGAAAGCUAUGCAAUGCAGAUGGAACAGCUAAUAAAGUUGUAUUGAAGAAGAUCUUCCUAAGGAUUGACGAUGACAAUGAUGGAAUCCUAUCACGUGUAGAGCUAAAGGCUCUAAUUAUUGGAAUCCAUUUUAAUGAGAUAACUUUUGACGAGAAUGAAGUAGUGGACAAAGUGCUCAAAGAUUUUGAUACCUCUCUCGACUCAAAAAUUGAUUUCAACGAGUUCGUUGCUGGAGUUCAGAAAUGGCUGCAAGAGGCUAGAAAUUCAAUAGACGAUUUUCACGAAGAAACAAGGAGAGAACAUGCUCUUUUGGGAAACCAAGAUGACGAGAGUGGUGAGGCCAUUGAGAAUGCUCGAUGGAUAUCGAUCAAAGCUGCACUUCUGUUGCUUCUGGGAACUCUUAUUGCAGCUUCUUUUGCGGACCCUCUGGUGGACGCUGUUAACAGUUUUUCUGCAGCCACAAGCAUCCCAACCUUUUUCAUCUCAUUUAUUGCGCUGCCGUUGGCUACCAACUCAAGUGAGGCAGUGUCUGCAAUUAUAUUUGCUAGCAGAAAGAAGCUAAGAUCUGCCUCUUUGACAUUCUCAGAGUUAUAUGGAGCAGUGACAAUGAACAACGUACUGUGCCUGUCGGUGUUCUUGGCCCUGGUUUACGUGAGAGGGUUGGAGUGGAACUUCUCGUCGGAGGUUCUGGUGAUCCUGUUGGUGUGCAUCGUGAUGGGGGUGUUUGCGAGCACCCGCACCACUUUCCCACUGUGGACAUCUCUGGUAGCGUUCAUGCUCUAUCCAAUCUCCCUCGCACUUGUAUAUGUUCUCGACUUCGUCUUCGGGUGGUCGUAGAUUAUGAUGAUGCUUCCACCACCAUUUUCCCCAUAUAAUUUGCAUACAUGUGCAAGGGGACAUGUUACACCUUUAUUUAAAAUUCAUCUGUGGUGGAUGUGUAGUAAUUGUUGUUUAUUAUUAAGUUUAGUGCCUGUGGUUUCUCAGGCGCUUGCUGUUCAUAA